AUGGCCGGCCCCCCGCCGCCGCCCCCGGGCCAGGAGGCGCCCCGCUACCAAGAGUGGAUCUUAGACACCAUCGACUCGCUGCGCUCUCGCAAGGCGCGCCCGGACCUGGAGCGCAUCUGCCGCAUGGUGCGCCGGCGGCACGGCCCGGAGCCGGAGCGCACCCGCGCCGAGCUGGAAAAGCUCAUCCAGCAACGCGCCGUGCUCCGAGUCAGCUACAAGGGAAGCAUCUCGUACCGCAACGCCGCGCGGGUCCAGCCUCCCCGGCGAGGUGGAGCGCCCGCCGCCAGUCCGGCGGCCCCGCAGCGCCCGGCCCGCACUUCCCCGCCCAGCGCUCCCGCCGCCACCGCGACGCCCCGGUCCUCCCAGCGUGCUGCGCCUCGCGCGGAGCCAGUCGCGCCGCCGCCGCCGCCACCGCCGCCGCCGCCGCCUCCUCCGCCUCGUCGGACCGGACGGGAGCGACCGCCGCCGCCGCCGCCCGCCGCCCAGGAGGAAUCCUCCCCCGUUAGUCUGCGAGAGAUUGUGCGCUACUUGGGCGGGGACGGCGCCGCGCCGGGGGGCGGCCGAGUGACUCGAGGCCGAGCACAGGGGCUGCUUCAAGAGGAGAGGCUGGAAAGAACCCGCUUGGGUGGCGGCGGCGGUGGCGGCGGCGGCAGCAGCAACAGCGUCGCUUUGCCCAGGGCGGAGAGAGGCGCGCAGGCCCGGGCCCCCAACGCCAGACCAUACAGGAACAAGAAGGCAGGGGAGGAGAUCAAAGGCGAAGAAGACGAGGACGAAGAGGAAGAAGAGGAUGAAGUCUCCACUAUGUCUGAAGGCUCAGAAGUGGCACAAGAUUUUGAGAUCAGCAACUACAGCAGACCUGGGACAGGCCAGGUGAAUGGUGACUGUAAGGACAGCAAGCACGGUGGGAAAGAGAUCCCACCUAGCAGUGCCACCCCCAGAGACCUGCACUCCCUAGAGGAAACAUCUUUGAACAAAGGAUUGGAGCAUUCUCAGCAUGAAGGAAAUGAGCAAUGUCACACAAAGGCCUCUUGGCCUGGAGAAAGUGCCUGUCACCAUCUGGGAGGCAGCAAGAAAGAUGGCAGCGCCUAUCAGCAGCCAGACAGAGCAGUGUCACCAGCUGUUGCAGGGGCUGAUCCCUCUGUGCCCUCAUCUCCUGGGAGACCUGGCAUCCAGGCAGAUGGGAGACCAUUCAGUUGCGUUUCGGCGAAAGAGAAGCCUUCUGACCCUGUGGAAUGGACUGUCGGUGACGUUGUGGAUUAUUUCACAGAAGCUGGGUUUGCUGAGCAAGCUUCAGCCUUUCAGGAGCAGGAGAUUGAUGGGAAAUCUCUGCUGCUGAUGCAGCGCACUGAUGUGCUUACUGGCCUCUCUAUUCGCCUGGGACCGGCCCUCAAGAUCUACGAGUAUCACAUCAAGGUCCUCCAGCAGUGCCACUUUGAAGAAGACGAGGGCGACUCCUUCAUGGGCUGAGGAGAACGGGGCCACGCUAGUGAGGGGGAGGGA